AUGGCGAUUCGGACGACUGCCGAGAAACGAUCGACGGCAUUCGACGACAUCUUCCCAGACAACCCCCGCCAGAACCAGAACAAUCACCAGAACAAUCACCAGAACAACAAUCAGAACAGCUACAACUACAGCUAUCCUCAGCACACCCAGCCUCAGCCCCACUACUACCACCCCCAGCUCAGCUCGCAACGAACGCACAUCUACCCAGGCCCAAGCAGAGCACACACCGGCCUCGGCUCAAUCCAGGAGAGCACCAUCUACCAAGGAUUCGACCAGCCAGGGCCCCUAUCAGACUUCUCCCACUCCGACUCCAUCACCCGAAAACCAUCCGUCGACCUCGACCGCCACUCCCUCUAUGCCGGCAUGUCCCCCAUCCACUCCGAUCACCAGCCAGGCCAACUCUCUCCCCACCUCAUCCGCCCCCGCAAAUCCUCAGAAUCCGUCCGCGUCCUGCCCACCCAGCCCAAGCCGAGCAGCGCCACCGACCGCUCCUUCAGCUUCUCCAGCGGACCCUCCUCCCGCCCCCGCCAACCACAACCACAGCCACAGCAACAACAACCAGGCUCCUCCCGCCCACCCAUCGUCUACCCCGCCCUGCUCAGCCGGGUCGCCGAGGCCUUCCGCAGCCGGAUCUUGCUUGCCGAGCGCACCAAGGACGGGCUGACGUACACCGAGUGCUUCGACGGCCGCGAAGCCGUCGACAAGAUCGCCUACAUCAUCAAGACCACCGACCGCAACCUCGCCCUCCUCCUAGGCCGGGCCCUCGACUCGCAAAAGUUCUUCCACGACGUCACCUACGACCACCGGCUGCGCGACAGCCACCACGAACUCUACCAGUUCAGAGGCACCCUGCCCAACUCCUUCCCGGCUGCUAGCCAGCACCACGACGGCCCCCUCCAGCGGCCCAUCUCAGAGGCCCAGUCAGAGCCACCCGACGGGCUGGACGAGGAAGAGGCCCAGGAGGAGGAGGGCGGGGUGACGGAGGAGGAGGAGGAGGAAGACGUGCUCCCCUGCGGGGUGUUCACCCUGCUCACCGACUGCUACUCCCCCACCUGCACGAGGGACCGGCUCUGCUACUCGAUCGCCUGUCCCCGCCGGCUCGAACAGCAGGCCCGGCUCAACCUCAAGCCGAAACCCGGCCUCCAGCGCAGCCUGUCCACCGAAUCCCUCAGCGACCUCAAAGAACCUGGCACCCUCUGGAUCCACUCCGUCCCCCAGGAGGUCGUCGACUCCGUCAACGACACCGAGAAGAAGCGCCAGGAGGCGAUCAACGAAUGCAUCUACACCGAACGGGACUUCGUCCGAGAUCUCGAGUACCUGCGUGAUGUGUGGAUCAAGCCGCUCCAAGCCUCGACGAUCAUCCCCGAAGCGCGCCGCCAAGACUUCCUGAGCCAGGUGUUCUGGAACGUGCUCGAGGUCCUCUCGGUCAACUCGCGCCUCUGCGAGCUGCUCUCCAAGCGCCAGAAGUCCGCCCACCUCGUCCCCCACAUCGCCGACAUCUACCUCGAACUCGUCCCCCACUUCUCCCCCUUCGUCAAGUACGGCGCUCAUCAGUUGUACGGCAAAUACGAGUUCGAGCGCGAGAAGGCGGCGAACCCUGCUUUCGCUAAGUUUGUCGAUGAAGCAGAGCGACUGCCUGAAUCACGCAAGUUGGAGCUGAAUGCCUAUCUGACUAAGCCGACCACUCGGCUGGCCCGGUACCCCUUGCUGCUCGAGGUCGUGCUCAAGUACACGCCCGAGGACCACAUCGACAAGACGGAGAUUCCUAAAGUGGUCAAGAUGAUCCGCGACCUGCUCGCCAAAGUGAACAUCGAGACCGGCAAGAGCGAAAACCGAUUCAAUCUGGCUCAGCUCGACCAACAACUCGUGUUUAGACAGGGCGAAGCUGUCGAUCUCCGGUUAAGAGAAGAAGGUCGAGAGCUAAUCUACAAGGGGCAGCUCAAGAAGAGAGGCGGGAGUGGGAGCGACAGUGCCGAACUGCAAGUCUACCUGUUCGACCACGCCCUGCUGAUGGUCAAACACAAACACUCGAACAAGACCGAUCAACUGAAGGUGUACCGGAAGCCGAUCCCAUUAGAGCUCCUGACGGCCGGCUUCUCGAUGACGAUCAACCAGCUCGGCCGCAGAGGCUACUCGAUCGUCCUUUGGGCGCCCACUACCCAGUCCAGACAGAAAUGGCUCGAUAAAAUCCAUGCCCGUCAGGCCCAGAUCCGCGAGCAAAACACCAUCUUCGAGAUGGUGCCCCUCAACGAAGGCUUCUUCGUCGGCCCUUAUAAGGUCAACUGUGCCGUCCCCUAUGAUAAUGGGAACCGACUGAUAUUCGGGAACGAUGUGGGGGUCUAUGUCGCGAUGACCUCGGACCCCACACGGGCGCCGGUGCAAGUGAUCCAAGUGGAGAACGUGACGCAAGUGGAGAUCAUAGAAGAGCACGGGAUCCUGCUGGUGCUAGCGGACAAGGUAGUGAUGACCUUCUGGAUGGACACGCUCGACCCAAGCGAUGCGGCGGGGGCGGCCAAGCGGGCCCGCAAGGUCUCCUCGAACGCCUCCUUCUUCAAGGUCGGCGACUGUCUCGGACGCAAGCUCGUCUGCGUCGUCAAGGCCGGGAGCGUCUCGAGCACCAUCAAAACUCUCGAGCCGGCCGAGAACCUCAACCACCAGAUCAACGUCCGGCCGAGGCCUAAGCCGGCCUUCCGGAAGAUCAUCCCUGCUAACAACGAUGCGCUGAAAGUGUACAAGGAGUUUUACAUCCCGACGGUGUCGAGCUCGGUGCAUUUCCUGAAAUCGAAGCUCUGCAUCGGCUGCCAAAAGGGCUUCGAGAUCGUCAACCUGGAGACCCUCGACGUCCUGGGGCUGCUCGACCCGGCCGACCAUUCGCUGGACUUCAUCGCGCGCAGAGAGGCCGUCAAGCCGAUCGCUAUCUACCGCAUCGAGGCUGAGUUCCUGCUCUGCUACGAGGAAUUCGCGUUUUAUGUGACUAAGAGCGGGUGGAGGGCUAGGUUCGAUUGGAUCAUCCAAUGGGAAGGCAAUCCCACCGCGUUCGCGCUCCAUUACCCGUUCGUCCUGGCGUUCGACCCGAGCUUUAUCGAAGAGCUGCAGCACCAGCAGGGCAAGCGCGGCCAUGGCCCACAGACAGGCGCCGCCGGGCUCAACACCCCGUCCAUCAACUCGCUCGCCCUCAGCUGUCGGCCCCAGAUCAUCUUCGCCGCCGACGCCAAGGUGCUCCAGCUCCGCCUCAAACAGCGCCCGCUCUCCAUCACCAACCAUCUACUGCUCUGA